AUGAGGGCGGGAGAUAACGAGCAGAAAGCUCUGACGGAGGAGUUGGUUGGGAGAUUUGAAGUUGGCCAGUUGCUAAGCCAAGACCAAAACGGCCGACGGAUAGCUGUUCAUGGGAAAAUAGACGGAGAGCAAGGUGUCUUGAUCUUGGAGCGAACAGCAUUCGUCGCCGAAACCCGCGAGCAGAUCGAAGCGUUCCAGACAAGAAUCAUGCACGUCCAAAACCUGGGCGACAACGACAUCUAUCGCUGGUAUCUCGCAUCUACACACCCAGGAGACGAGAAAUCUCCCGCGCACGACGUGAAAAUAAAUCUCAUCUGGCCAUGCACGGAACAGCAUAUCAAGAAAUACUCCUCUCAGAUUCUCCGCAUGGUAACGGAAACCCCAGAAAUAUAUCGUGACCAUAUCAGGCCAUACAUGAAUGCCAAGCGUGAAGAGGGGAGACUGAACUGGGUGUUUAAUAUCCUCGAGGGUAGAACAGAACAGGAAGACGUGAUACUCAGGGACAAAGGACAUGGGCCUGCAGAUGGCUUCCUGAUGCUUCCAGACUUGAACUGGGACCGGAAGACCAUGAAUUCACUUCAUCUACUGGCCCUGGUGGAGCGGAGGGAUAUCUGGAGCCUUCGGGAUCUCAAAAAGAAGCACAUCCCGUGGUUGAAGUACCUGAGGCAACGAUUGCUCGAGGGGACGGUGAAAAUGUACCCGGAUCUUGAACAGGAUCAGCUCAAGCUCUACGUUCAUUACCAGCCUACCUACUACCACUUCCACGUUCAUAUCGUCAAUGUCAUGUUGGAGGCAGGCUCAACACAAGCUACCGGGAAGGCUUUUGGCCUCGAGAAUAUCAUCUCACAGCUGGAGACAAUAGAAGGUGACGAAGAAAGCGGUAUGGCAGAUGUCAGCCUGACAUAUUACCUCGGAGAGGCAAACGAGCUAUGGACAAAUAUCUACGCGCCAUUAAAGCAAGGCAACAAGCCGGUCGCUUGAUGGGUCAUGAUUAUACCUCUUUUUUAAUAUAUCUCUUUUUC